GCAUCAAGCACAAACAGUUCGCAACGAGCGCGCAAAGUGAACGGAACGUCGACGACCUCAACAGAAACCAAACAGAGGCGCCCAAACACAAACACAUACACAUAUAUAUCCAGUGAAUCUUUCCCAGUGUAUACCAGAAGACAACAGCAACAACAAUCAAAACAAUGGCCUCCGUUAAGGAUAGUCUCUUGGCCCCGGUGGCGGAAACUUUGCCCAGCUCGGGCCACAAGGUCACUGUGGUGGGCAUCGGCAUGGUGGGCAUGGCCAGCGCGUUCAGCAUUUUGGCCCAGAACGUCUCCAAGGAGGUGUGCCUGAUCGACGUCUGCGCCGACAAGCUGCAGGGCGAGCUGAUGGAUCUGCAGCACGGCUCCAACUUCCUGAAGAAUCCCCAGAUCACAGCCAGCACCGACUACGCCGCCUCGGCCAACUCGCGCCUGUGCAUCGUCACCGCCGGUGUGCGCCAGAAGGAGGGCGAGUCCCGCCUGUCCCUGGUGCAGCGCAACACCGACAUUCUCAAGAACAUCAUCCCCAAGCUGGUGGAGUACAGUCCCGAUACCAUUUUGCUGAUGGUGUCCAAUCCCGUGGACAUCAUGACCUACGUGGCCUGGAAGCUGUCCGGUCUGCCCAAGAAUCGCGUCAUUGGCAGCGGCACCAAUCUGGACUCGUCCCGCUUCCGUUUCCUGAUGUCGCAGCGCCUGGGCGUCGCACCCACCUCCUGCCACGGCUGGAUCAUUGGCGAGCACGGCGACAGCUCGGUGCCAGUGUGGUCCGGCGUCAACAUUGCCGGCGUGCGCUUGCGCGAGCUGAACCCCACCAUUGGCACCGGUGAGGAUCCAGAGAAGUGGAACGAGCUGCACAAGCAGGUGGUCGAUUCGGCCUACGAGGUCAUCAAGCUAAAGGGCUACACCUCCUGGGCCAUUGGCCUGAGCACUGCCUCCCUGGCCUCGGCCAUCUUGAGGAACACCAGCAGCGUGGCUGCCGUCUCCACGUCCGUCUUGGGCGAGCACGGCAUUGACAAGGACGUGUUCCUCUCGCUGCCCUGCGUGCUGAAUGCCAACGGUGUCACCUCCGUGGUGAAGCAGAUCCUGACCGAAGACGAGGUGCAGCAGCUGCAGAAGUCGGCCAACAUCAUGGCCGAUGUGCAGGCCGGUCUGAAGUUCUAAGCACAAACUAUACGCAGAGCACGCCACCAGCAGAGAGUCGAAUUCGUGACAGGCACGCCCCCUUUUUAGUUUUGGGAGGGAGCGAUGCUAGUGAAGCAGAAAGUAUUUUUGACUACCAAAAUGUUUAUUUUAAGUCGUUCACUCAGUUUAUUUAUUAUUUUAAUUGCUUUUU